GCAAUUCUGUUGUUUUGGAUGGUUGGUUCCUUUGCUAAACUCUCCAUUAGCUCCCAGAGUAUUUUCUAUGGCAUUUCCGAGUUCAUGAAUGAGAACGUGCUACUGAAAGCAUCCAUCAACUGAAAUAUGCCUUGGCAAAGGGUGAGGAUGACAUUGGAUUUGACCAGUCCUCUGUGGACGAGGGCACUGAUGAUGCAGAUGGGGAAAAUGAUGACUGUGGGAAUGCGGCCAGGCAGGAACUGCAGCACAGUCAUGCAGUUAAUCAACUUAAAAUUUUGCUGCAACAUCAAGAGAGAAUGGAAAUUGAAGUCUCUCCAUCAAGAAGGAAGUCAUCAUUCUGUAAACCCCCAGAAGCUGUACCUGGAGAAUCACCAGCCCUUUCUGAUCUCAUUCCUAUAAUCAAUGAUCAAUCACAGUACAUUAACCAUUUGGAAACAGAAGUGAAGUUUUGCAAGGAGGAGUUGUCUGGGAUGAAAGAUCGAGUACAAGCAGUUGUACUUGAAAAUGAGGAACUCCAUCAGAAACUGAAAUUCUUAACUGCAGAAUACACAUUGAGAGAACAAACUCUUCUAGAUGCCUCGGCAGAUACUCAGAACUCCUGGCCUGGAGGUGGUAAAGACUUUAGCAUGCGUCAGCCUGUCCCCUCAUCACCAGCACGUAACAAAGAUCAGGCUUUUGUUACAGCAGCUGCUGAAGGCAUAGAAAAAUGGCCUAUAGAACUGGAGAAUCUAAAACUUCUUUAUCAAGAAAAAGUCAAUAUCCUUGAUGAUCAAAUACAGUCUUUAAGGUAA